GCGACGCAGCUCGCACUUGCUCUGCGCGGCCUCGGUGCCAGCAGUGCCAGGCGCCGCCUUCUGCGCCCGAGCGCCGCAUCGAGCGCCUCGCUGCCUUUGGCGCCCGCAUUGCGCACGCUCCUCGUGCAGCAUGUCGCAGCUCCACACUGCGUCGAGCGCAGGCGAGGCAGUUGCCAGCAGCAGCAGCAGCACUUCGCGCGCCGUCAUCGAUCUGGGCUUGCAGCGCAUCACCUCUCUCCUCGCCUUGCUCGGGCGCCCCGAACUAGGCUUUGCAGUGAUCCACGUGGCGGGCACCAAUGCCAAAGGCAGCACCACUGCCUAUCUCGACUCGCUCCUUCGCGCCACGACGGGCACGCGCACGGGACGCUUCAACUCGCCGCAUCUCGUCGAGGAGCGCGAUGCAUGUCGCGUCGACGGCGUGCCUGUGCGUACGGACGUGUGGGAGGAAGCGCGGCGCAAAGUGCAGGCUGCAGAUGCAGAGGCAGGCCUUCAAUGCACGCCCUUCGAGCUGCUCACUGCUCGAGCAUUCACUGCGUUUCGCCUCAUGCCGCUCGAGCAACGCCCCGAGGUGCUGCUCGUCGAAGUAGGCCUGGGCGGUCUUCUCGACGCCACAAACAUCUUCGAGCCGAGACACGUGCUCGCGAGCGUCAUCUGUCCGGUAGACUUCGACCAUCAAGCCCUGCUGGGCGACACGCUCGCGGCCAUUGCCGAGCAAAAGGCGGGCAUCGUGCGGCGAGGAGGCCUCUGUGUCAUUGCGGACCAACGACGAGGCGACGCAGCGACGCAGGCAGAAGUAGACUGCACGGCAUUGCGAGGCAUCGAGGUGGAGCGCAGCCAGGUGGGCAUGGCGGCCGAGAUUCACGAGGCAAUUCGACGCUCGGCCGUCGCUGCAACUGCGAGGCUGUGCAAGGCGUACGUGCCCUGGCAAGUCCUCGACGAAGCACCUCUUGCUUCCUCGAGCGCCUCGACGCCCUGGUCUACGUCGGUGCAAGUCAACGUGCGACACACCCCUCUUCUCUAUCCCUCCUCGUCCACCUCUCCUUCCUUCGCGGGCACGUACGCCGCCCGCGCAGGCGAUGGCCUAGUUUCCGGUCCGCUGCUCGUGCUUCCGCGUACGAGAGCAGCGCUCAGUGGCGCCCUCACGGCACUCCAAACCCUCUGGGCCAUCGCGCGAGACGAAACGCCGGGAGGCCUGGGACAAGACGGAAGCGAUGAGCAUGAGGAGCUGAGACUGAGGAUUGCCUGGGCACUGCGCGAUGAUCGAGAUGCAACUCUGGCGAUUGCACAUGCAGUGGCGAGCACGACGUGGGAAGGACGCGCGGCUUGGCUCGACGUGCCUCUGCCUGCGCCGGCGUCGCAGUCGUCGUCGUCGUCGUCGUCGACGACACCUCAAGCUGCGCAAGCAAGGCAAGUCGAAGAUGAGGAGAUGCGGCCAGCCGACAGCGACACCGCCGCAACGCUCGCCUCUGCGAGUGAGCAAGCGCAAGCGCCGCCGCAGUGCCUGCACCUCCUCACAGACGGCGCCCACAACGCCUCGGCCUGCGUCGCCCUGCAGCGCUAUCUCUGCGGCUGUCUCUCCGCGCGGCUCGCCUCUGCUUGCGAUGCUGGCGCCGCCGCAACAUCGUCCGACACGUGCGGCGUGAGCGAGGUGACAAUCACCUAUCUCCUCUCCUUCUCCGCGGGCAAAGACGUCGCUGCGAUGCUCUCUGCCCUCUUGGCGCCGCCCGCUUCGACCAGUCUCGAGGCGCAAAUGGCGCGCACGACGCUUGCUCCGUCGCAAGCACCAGUGCGCCUCAGACGGAGAGUCGGUCUCCUCUCCUUCUCCACGCCCGUAGAAGGCAUGCCCUGGGUCACUCCCCUUGCUCCUUCCACUGCUGCACACGCACUUCGACAGCUGCAGCUGGAAGCAGAGGUGGAAGUGCGCGUCUUUGAGACGCACGAUGCACUCGCAGAGGCGCUCAGGUGGGCGGCGCAGCUGGGAGAUGGACGUUCGAUGACCGCCGCCGAGGGAGAGCGACAGGCGUCGAUGUGUGUAGUGGCGGGCAGCUUGUAUCUCGUAGGUGAUUUGUAUCGCCUGCUUGCUCGCUCGAGCGAGUAGCAAAUGCAUGAUCUUUGCGCACUCUUCCCUUGUUUUUCCCUUCAUCGGCGACCCUCCUUUUGCCCUGGGCGCUGCAUUACG